CUUAGUAAAAUUGAUAAGAAUGCUGGAGCAAAAGUAGAUAAACCGAUGCAAAUACAUUUAUCGUUUGCGGACACAGUACGUGAUAUAGUGGUCACGUGGUCAACUGAGCUAAAAUCAAGAACGUCGGUAUGCAAAUAUGGCAGAAGACAUGUUGAAUUUGCAGAAGAAAAUAUAGAUGGCCCGACUCUUUUUAUAGACCAAGGUGUAAAUCGCAGACGUCAAUUCAUACAUCGAGUGUUAUUGAAAAAUCUUACCGAGAACGUUUGUUAUAAAUAUUAUUGUGGUAGCGAUUUAGGUUGGUCACCUGAGUAUUGGUUUUGUGUACCACAGACCGAUGAAAAUUGGUCUCCAUCUUUGGCGAUUUACGGCAAUAUGGGCCUAACACACGCAUUUAUUCUACCCUUCUUACACGACGAUAUUCAGCAGGGCAUGUACGAUGUCGUUGUGCACAACGGCAAUUUUGCUUCAGGCCUAAACGUAGACGAUGGCCAGAGAGGUGAUUUAUUUAUGAAAGAAGUUGAGGCGAUUGCUGCUUAUGUACCGUUUAUGGUGACGCCGGGAAAUCUUGAAGAACCCUAUAAUUUUUCCCAUUAUCGGAACCGAUUUACAAUGCCGGGUAAUGCAGACGGUCUGUAUUAUAGUUUCAAUUUGGGUCCAGUGCAUUUUCUCGCGUUUUCAACAGAAGUAUACUUUUUCACCCAUAAAUAUGGUUAUGAGCCCUAUUGCAAUCAAUUUGAUUGGCUACAACACGAAUUAAUAGAAUCUGAUAAACCAGAAAAUCGAUUAAAGCGUCCUUGGAUCAUCACUUAUGGACAUCGUCCUAUGUAUUGUAGUAACAAAAAUGACCAUUCAUGUACAAGGCCUGAAAACGAGGUACGCGUCGGGUUACCAGAUGACGACUUAAUGGGUUUGGAAGAACUUUUCUUUCGUUAUGGUGUUGAUGUUCAAAUGUGGUCACAUGAAAAUUCAUAUGAACGCACUUGGCCCCUUUAUAAUUAUACAGUGGUAGGCGGGCCCAAUCCUGAUCUAUACUACGAACCAUACGCUCCAAUUCAUAUUAUUACUGGUUCGGCUGGAGGUUCUGGCGAGAGGGAAAAAUUCCUUGAACCAAUACCACGAUGGAGUGCCUUCCGGAGUAAGGAUUACGGUUAUACUCGACUGAAAGCGUAUAACAAGACCCAUUUGUAUAUCGAACAAUUUUCUGCGGAUCAGAGAUCUAUCACUGAUCAUUUCUGGAUCGUCAAAUCCAGUCACUGUUCAUCUGGUUAGGAAUGAAAAUAUCGAAAAAAGGGAUUUUUAUAAAUCUACGCAGAUGAUAUCCAAUCGCAACA